UAUAUUUUGAAAUCCUGUUAAAUAACUGUUGGGAAUUUCGAAAUCGAUAACUGUUCUAAAACAGCAAUUUACGCCACCGGUGCCAGCCGGACUGUUUUAGCGUGGUCGAAAACCGUGUUUUGCAUCUACCGUUGGGACAGCCCUAAGUUUUUGACAGUUUGCGUGCAUGAAAAAUCUUUGCAAAACAGCAAACGCGUGUUGAUGAUGUGUUUACUUUUCAAUGACUAACAUUCUGAAAACGACUGUAAAAUUGUUAUAAAUCAAGUAUUUACUGAAGUGGUCUUACCAUGGCAGAAGUUUUGAUCCCUGCAGUUGAAAAUGUGUCACUGGAAGGCAAUAAUGGGAAAACUCCCGAGGAAGACGAUAUCGUUGAUCCCUGGACGGUAACCAGUAAGGCUGAUUCUGGUGUGGAUUACGAUAAGCUAAUAAAGAGGUUUGGCUGUUCGCAUAUUGAUAACGACCUCGUUAAGCGACUGGAAAAAGUUGCCGGAAAACCUGUCCAUCCUCUCAUCCGCCGAGGAAUAUUCUUUUCGCAUCGAGACUUGCACCUACUACUCAAUAUGGUGGAGUCGGGCAAGAAAUUCUACCUGUACACGGGACGAGGACCGUCUUCGGAUUCCAUGCAUUUAGGCCACCUGGUGCCUUUCAUAGUGACGAAAUGGUUACAGGAGGCCUUCGAUGUACCUCUGGUAAUCCAGUUGACUGACGAUGAGAAGACACUUUGGAAAGAUUUGACCAUUGAACAAUCGAUGAAGAUGGCGCAUGAAAACGCCAAAGAUAUAAUUGCAAUAGGUUUCGAUGUGAAUAAGACUUUUAUAUUUGCGAACUUAGACUACAUGGGCCGCUGCCCUGCAUUCUACCAGAACGUUAUACGUAUUCAAAAAUGCGUCACGUUCAAUCAAGUUAAGGGAAUAUUCGGAUUUGGAGAUUCAGAUGUGAUAGGCAAAAUAGGAUUCCCGGCAGCUCAAGCUGCUCCAGCCUUUUCGACAACAUUUCCCUUUAUAUUUGGCGAUAACAAGCUGCCUGUAUUGAUCCCGUGCGCAAUUGAUCAGGAUCCCUAUUUUCGCAUGACCCGUGACGUUUCGCCUCGACUAGGUUUCCCGAAACCGGCAUUGAUUCAUUCCAGUUUUUUCCCGGCGUUACAAGGUGCGAAGACUAAAAUGUCCGCAAGUGAAGCUAAUUCUGCCGUGUUCUUAACCGACACUGCCAAGCAGAUCAAAACGAAAAUCAACAAGCACGCCUUUUCGGGUGGUAGACCUACACUAGAAGAACAUCGCGAAUUGGGUGGAAACCCAGAUAUCGAUGUUAGCUAUCAACUGCUACGCUUUUUCCAUGAAGACGAUGACGAACUGGAACGUCUUCGUCUGGCCUAUAUCAAGGGUGAACUGCUUAGCGGAGAGAUCAAGAAAAUAGCAAUCGAAAUAUUGCAACCUAUAGUAGCUGCCCAUCAGGAGAGGCGUAAGUUAGUAUCGGAUGAAAUCUUGAAGCAGUUUAUGACUCCCCGGAAACUGAAUUAUGAAGUGGUAUAGAAUAUUGGUAAAAUGAAAGGCAAAUAGUUUGGGUAACAUUGAAUACGCCGAAUAGUAAAUGUACUUCAAAUAAGCCUUAUGCUACGCAUUCGAAAUAAGAUGCCCUCAUCAGCUUGAAGAAUUUAUUGGAUAAUAUGCGCUUGCGGAAUCAAUUUUCUUUCCUAUUUAUUAUGUUGUUCUUGUAUAUCUACAUUAUUUCGUGUUGAUUUUCAUUGAUAAUAAAAUUUUCUCCAUAACUCCAAA